CAGGCGGGCGGGUGUGGAGGGGAGGCGGGCGCCAGCAAGGGGCAGGUACGGCUGGGGUGUGGGGACCGUGUAGCGGGUGGCUUUAGUCCCGGGGCCUGGCCUGACUGCCCUGGAACCAAAGGUCUCCCAGAGCCAGCACUGACCCCCAUUCAGCCCAUCUAGGGAGGGGAUCCAGGGACCCCAAGGAGGGGCUCCCCCGGCCCCUCAGUCUGCUGCCUUCCUGGCCCCUGGACCCUGCUGGGCCUAGUCCUCACUCUACUGUGGCUCUGUCCUGGAGGGGUUGUGGGGUACAGCCAGCCUGGUGCGAGGUCCCCUGCAGAUGGAGGGGGCUGGCCUGGUCCCCUAUGUGCUGGGCCUGCUGCUGCUGCCCUUCCUGGCUGUGCUGCUGCUGGCACUCUGUGUGCGCUGCCGUGAGCUGCCAGGCUCAUAUGACAGUGCCACCUCGGAUAGUUUGUACCCACGGAGCAUCCUGAUCAAACCGCCUCACACACUUGCUCCCUGGACACCUGCUACUUCCUACCCACCUGUUGCCUCCUACCCACCCCUGAGCCAGCCAGACCUGCUCCCCAUCCCAAGAUCCCCACAGGCUCCUGGGGGCUCCCACCGGAUGCCAUCUUCCCGGCAGGAUUCAGAUAGUGCCAACAGUGUGGCAAACUACGAGAAUGAAGAACCAACCUGUGAGGAUGAAGAUGAGAACGAUGAUGAGGAUGACUACCUGGGCUACCUGAAGGUGCUUCCCGACAGCACCUCAGCUGCCCUGUCAGCCCCGGUGCCCAGCAACCCUGGCCUCCGAGACAGUGCCUUCUCUGUGGAGUCCAGCAAAGAUUAUGUGAACAUCCCUGAGAGUGAGGAGAGUGCAGAAGCGUCUCUGGAUGGCAGCUUGGAGUACGUGAAUGUGUCCCAAGAGCAGCAGCCAGUGGCCAGGACUGAGCCUGCCACCCUGAGCUCCCAGGAGGUGGAGGAUGAAGAGGAAGAAGGAGCUCCAGAUUACGAGAAUCUGCAAGAGCUUAACUGAGGCCUGUAUGAGGCCAUGUCUGUCUUGGAAACAGCCUUGCCUGGGAGGGUUGAGCUGGACAGCUGGGAGUGGCUCUGGGGGCUCCACUCGGCAACCUGCCCUGGUUCCAGCAUGACAACAGUCUGAGAAUUUCCCCCCUAACUUAUUGUCACUUUGGGGUGCAGUCUGUCCCCCCGACAUUCUGCACCUUCUGACUCAGCCUGAGAAUGAACUACACUGGCCCCAUUCUGCUUGUAAUAGAAUAAAGGCCGGCUUGGUCUGUAGUGCUCUUGCCUUAGGGGAGGCCUGUGGGUCAGAUUGGGCUUGACAGCCUGCAUGUGUCUGUGUGUGUGUACGAAUCUGACCCAGAGAGAGCCUAGAUCUGUGUGUGUGUGUGUGUGUGUGUGUGUGUAUGUGUGUGUGUGUGUAUCUGUGGGUCUCCCAUCCUCCACAGGGGCCCCAUACUUCUGACAGCCCUGGCAUGUGAGUGGCAGCAGAUGGCGACAAGGAUGCUUACCUGAGUGAGGCCUUCUGACGCAGGCUGGCACUGCUGGAGCUCUGAACGCAUCAUCCCAAGAGGCAGCCCCUGCGGGUAGGGUGGAGGUGGGGGCCUAGGUGGGGAGUGGGCAUUGCCAGCAAGACCCUUCCCUGCUGGCCCUUAGUGUCUGCAUCUUUAGAUCAAGGUACUGAUCUAACCUCAAAGGACUCUCUUUGUUCUUACCUUUUGUAGUUCUAAAUAAAAUAGAACUUAAACGUUGCCUAAGCAACUAAAAUUAACAUGCAGAACAGCACUUUCACACUUUGGUGUGUGGCGACUCACUGGCAGGUCUUGCUGUGAUGCAGGUUCAGGGAUGGGGCCUGAGACUUUGUGCUUCUAAGGAGUUCUCGUGUGGCUCUGAUACUGCUGUCCCAUGAACCUCACCCUGAGUAGCAGUGGUAUGGUGGAUACCUAUUGUUUUGACUCGCUGGGGUCCAUUUCCCCUUACUUUGGAAAUUUCACCUCAGUUUUCCUCUGGGGUCCAAUUCUUUCCCAGUCUCCCUUCAUGUGAUGUGGUGUUGGAGAUUGUUGAACUGACACCCCCACCUCAGUAGGUGAGCAUGUGACUCAGACCUGGACCUGGCCAUUGUCCUCUUCCCUGGCCGUUGUGACUGGCCCAGGUGUGGGCAUGUGGCCCCAGGUGGGCCGGGAGGGGCAGCCCGGGGAUCUGGGCAGGAAGCAUCAGGGAGGGAAGCCCUUUUUGUUCCCGGAAGUUUAAUUAUUAAGCUGGGAGGAGGAAGGCCUGGAAACACCCCUCAGAGAGCCUGCUUAAGGGUGAAGCCACCACGGAGGAGAGAAUGGCCGAGAGGACAGGGCCAGAUUCCUGAUGGCAUCAUUAGGACUCAUAGGUCUGAUCACACCUGAAGUGAGAUAUCAGCCCU